AUGUCUGCUGGAUUAGUUAUUUUGAUUAUCUCAUUUUUGAUUGUGAGAACGACUGAAGGUAUUUUUUUCUAUGGUCAAAUUAGGUUAGGAAAAAAAUUUAGAGUCGGUUUUUUUAAUCUGAAUAUAAAACUAUAUAAAAUUAUUUUAUAGCAUAUAUAACUAAGUGAUUGAUAUACGACUUUGAGGGUAGUACUAAAAUUUUCGGCCAUACUGAAAUUUUUUUAUAACUUUUUUUCUUAUGAAAUUUUUGGUUUGUUUUUUCUUGCGAGUUGAUUUUGAAAGUCUGAAAAGACUUCAAAAAAAUGCUAAAAAAAUCGUCAAAAAGACUUUUUUUGUACAUUCUCCUUCCUUAAAAAUGUAGUAUUAGGCUAGUAAAAAAAAAGAAACGCUCCUCAAAAAAAAAGGGGCGUGGCCUUACAGUAACUGAAAACAUGUUCAAAAAUACUUCAUCCUAAAAAAUAUACACUAAUUUUCAUACUGAAAAUACCGAUUCGCCUUGAAAAACAACUUCCCAAUCAAGAUAUUUCAGGAAAACCUUGUGAGAAUUCUCCCGGAGUUCCCUGUUUCCAUUUAAAACAAUUCUGUCAUGCUCCAGGUUACGUGGAUUACUUGAAAGAGUGAGUUCGAGUCAAAAUUUCUUAUUCCGAAAAUUUCAGAAACUGCGCUCCAUCCUGUGGCUACUGUAAACCGUCAGUAAUAAUAAAAGAAAUGAAUUAA